AUGGCGAGUUCUUCGGGUUCCAGCUGGCGCGAGGGCAUGUCCUCCGACAACAUAAAGGGUUUAUGCCUCGCUCUCUCCUCCAGCUUCUUCAUCGGUGCCAGCUUCAUUGUCAAAAAGAAGGGGUUGAAGAAGGCUGGUGCAAGUGGAAUCAGGGCCGGAAGUGGAGGUUAUUCUUACUUGUAUGAGCCACUAUGGUGGGUGGGAAUGAUAACAAUGAUUGUAGGAGAGAUUGCCAAUUUUGCAGCUUAUGCAUUUGCUCCAGCUAUAUUGGUCACUCCACUUGGUGCUCUCAGCAUUAUUAUCAGUGCGGCUCUUGCUCAUAUUAUUUUACGGGAAAGGCUGCAUAUUUUUGGAAUUCUUGGUUGUGCUUUGUGUGUUGUGGGAUCUACUACAAUUGUUUUGCAUGCACCUCAAGAACGGGAAAUUGAAUCUGUGACAGAAGUGUGGGAUCUUGCUAUGGAGCCAGCUUUUCUCUUCUAUGCAGCGUUAGUUAUAUCAGCUACUUUUGUCCUUAUCUUUCACUUCAUUCCUCUCUAUGGGCAGACACACAUAAUGGUUUAUAUUGGUGUUUGUUCCCUUGUAGGCUCUCUUACGGUUAUGAGUGUUAAAGCUCUUGGAAUUGCCAUAAAGUUAACACUGUCUGGGAUGAAUCAGCUAAUUUUCCCUCAAACUUGGGCAUUCACUCUAGUUGUAACUCUUUGUGUUCUUACCCAAAUGAAUUAUUUAAAUAAGGCACUGGAUACUUUCAAUACAGCAGUGGUAUCUCCCAUAUAUUAUGUUAUGUUCACUACAUUCACCAUUGUGGCUAGUGUUAUUAUGUUUAAGGACUGGGAUAGGCAAAGUCCAACACAAGUUAUCACAGAAAUAUGUGGGUUUGUGACCAUUCUUUCAGGAACUUUUCUGCUGCACAAAACUAAGGAUAUGACUGAUGGUUUACAAACAUCUUUAUCUAUUAGACUUCCGAAGCAUGCAGAAGAGGAUGGGUUUGAUGGCGGUGAAGGCAUUCCUCUUAGACGGCAAGAAUCUAUGAGAGGGCCAUGA